UUAUUCGCGCUUAACCGCAAAUAAAUUAGCAUGGAAUGACGUUGUAAUGUGUCGCCAACACACACACACACACACACAUCAUCAUCAUUUAAUAACCUACUUAAUUACAGCCGACUGUAUAAGAGCUUUUUUAUUCCCGCUUUUUAAAUAAACGUUUCUUCUCGUAUCCCCUGCCUCUCGCAGAGCUCGCGCUAAAGCGCCUGCGAAGAAGUCGGGGCGAGCUGGAAUGCGUUGACGUCAGAGGACGGCCAGCGCUCGAGCGCUCGAGCCGAGGCGAAUGCGCGAACACUGCGGAGAGGCGCGCGCACUAGCGAGCCGGAGCCCAGAGGAGCGCGUCGUCGUCCGCACAGCUGGAAGCGCAACACCGCACCGACAUCACUCGCGUCUCGGUUCACUACGGCAGGGAAAAGCUGGUCGAGAAAUUGCCAAGCGAACCUUUAUUUUUUUGUCGUCGCUUUGCUUUCUGACUGGGCAGAGAAGGCAGAGCCCGUGGCAGCAGAUGUUCAAAACAGCGCCCUGGACACAUCGGGCGAUGACUCACUAGACCUUCAGUUUCCCCGCGGCCCCAUUGGUUCACACAGCACUGCCUCUGCCAUCGCGCACGCCACCUCGAUCCACAAUGGCCGCCACCAAGAGCGGCUACGAGGGCAAGAUCGCCGGUCUGUACGACCUGGACCGCACCCUGGGCAAAGGCCACUUCGCCGUGGUCAAGCUGGCACGCCACGUCUUCACGGGCCAGCUCGUGGCCGUGAAGGUCAUCGACAAGACCAAGCUGGACGCUCUGGCCACAGGUCACCUGCUCCAGGAGGUGCGCUGCAUGAAGCUGGUGCGGCACCCCAACGUGGUGCGCCUGUAUGAGGUGAUCGACACGCACACCAAGCUCUACCUCAUCCUGGAGCUGGCUGAUGGAGGCGACAUGUACGACUACAUCCUGCGGCACGAGGGUGGCGUCGCUGAGGACACGGCCAAGCUGCACUUCGCGCAGAUCGUGCGAGCCAUCACCUACUGCCACCGGCUGCACGUCGUCCACCGGGACCUGAAGCCCGAGAACGUGGUGUUCUUCCGGCAGCAGGGCACCGUCAAGCUCACGGACUUCGGCUUCAGUAACCACUUCCAGCCCGGAACCAUGCUGAUGACCAGCUGUGGCUCGCUAGCCUACUCUGCCCCAGAGAUACUGCUCGCAGAAGAGUACGAUGCCCCUGCCGUGGAUAUCUGGUCACUAGGGGUGAUCCUCUACAUGCUUGUGUGUGGACACCCACCUUUCCAGGAGGCCACUGACAGCGAGACCCUCACCAUGAUAAUGGACUGUCGCUACACUGUACCGGACCACGUCUCUGCACAGUGCCAGGAUCUCAUCGCCCGUAUGCUACAGAGGGACCCUUCUAAGCGGGCAUGCUUGUCUGAGAUCGAGGGUCACCCCUGGCUCCAGGACACGGACCCCUCCCCUGCGGCGCACACUACUGCCCCUCUUACGUCUCACCGCUGCCUGUCAGCCGAGGAGCAUGAGCUGAUCGUGCAGGCCAUGACUGGUGGGAACAUCGCCGACAGGGACACCAUCCAGGAGGCCCUGGAGGCAGACAGGUAUAACCACAUCACUGCCACGUACUACCUGCUGGGGGAACGUACGCUACGGAACAAGUCAGAUCAGAGUGGCCUCGUUCACGAGCAGAGACACACACAGAGACCCUUAUCAGCGCCAUUGGACUUGGUAGACGGCAGAAGCCCUCAGGCGUACCCUCUCAGAGGGGUUUCUCUGGCUCCCUUGGCACCUCUGGGUUCCCCGUCUCCAGGGUUUGUCCGUCGGGGAGUGUGUGAGUCUGGAGACCUGCUGGCCCCCAAACCCAGCCAGCAAGACUCCUCCUUUGCGGAUUUUGGCAGCCCGAGCACCUGUCUGGGCCUGAGCUUCCGCUCGGUAUCCACGGACCAGCCCCCGACAGUGAAAAGUCUCGGAGCCCUCCAACAGAUCUGUGAGGAAGAGGAGGAGGAGGAGGAGGAAGACGAGCCCAUUAAUGCCAACCUGGCUCCGUCAGCACCACCCUCCGAGUCUACUCGCGGACGUCGUUCGGCGUCCGAGUCUUGCGGCACUUCAGAGCAGAUGGACGCCACACGGCGGGAAAUCCCGGGAAAGAGACUGUGCCCGAUCCUGGCAGAGGAGGAGGUGUUUCAACAGGAAGGGGCGGAGCAUGGCAAGAAGCAGGAGUUCCAACACUCAGCGGCUCAUCCGAUCACAGAGGAGCAGCAAGGUCCCACAAAAGAGGAGAAGACCAAGCCCCCGACUGAGGAGGCCAAGCGUCCCGAGGAACCAGGCGGUCCGAGGCGGGAGGAGAUCCUCAGCGUGUCAGGAGGGCAAAGACAGAGAACCCCGGGCCUCGGAGAGAUGGGCGGCGCUCCACUGGCACCCCGGCUCCGUGCUGGGCGGUGUUGCCAGGCUCAGCGUGAGCCCAGCGCUGACGUCCUGGAGGCCAACAACAACACCACCCCCUCAAAGCCACGCCUCCUGGACGCCGACGUCAUCAUGCUCCCCGGCGGCUCGCCCCGCCCCCUGCCCAAGAACCACUGCGUGGACGCGCGUCCGGACACGGUGGAGACACGCAGGGCAGGCGGGGAGAGCGUGGAGAAGGUGGAGGAGGCGCAGGCCAAACAUCCACAGGCGAAGCGAGGGUCUAGGGACGGCGGCGCCGACCCGGCCACCGCCCGGGUCAACCCCGGAAAGAGCAAGAACGUUAACCUGCGGGACCGCCUGCUGCACUUUCCCAUCUGCGAGAAAGCUCUGUCCUUCAACAUACAGCCCGCCUCCAAAGAGAAACUGCUCCCUUUCGCUCAGUACAACUGCUGCCACGUGCUGUAGUGGGAGACAGAUAGAGAGAAAGGGAGAGAGAUGGUGGGAGAGACAGAGAGAACGAAUGCAAGCUUCUCCCUUUCCACAAAAGGUGAGACGGGCGUGUAAUCUCUCCAUACCCCUCCAGCAUCUUACCAUCUUGCCAGGAUCAGCUUCUUCCAGCCCGCUCCAACGCCAGUCGGGGGUUUUUUUCCCCGGCAUGUGUCCUUUUCUCUUACUGUGACCUCAGAGGUGCUCUGGCUACACACACACACACACAUACAGAUCACCCACCUCACUUACCACACACCGUAGCCCCCCGGCCCUUUACCCAGAAUUCCCUGCUGCUUUCCUUUGUGGCGGCUGACCUCAUAGUGCUGCUGUGUACAUAGAUAACUAUCUACUAACGCCACUCGGUGUGCUGUGUGCUCAGUCACCUUUAUUAGCUAUAGCAUAUGUCUUGCAAGCGUAGGAGCACCGUUUGAUAAAAUGGCUUGUUGUUUUCGCGCUGUAAUGGUUUCCCCAGAGCAGAGCUUGACCUACAAAGAAGAUGUGAGCAGUGCAGAUCGCCCCGGAGCAGGAGACACAGAAGUGGUUUGGUCAGCGACAUGGCUAGGGUUAGUCUUCACCAGUUAGCAUGGCACCAUGACAAUACUGGGAGCUUUGACCUGUUACCAACUGUCAAGAUGGUAUGUGUAUUGGUACGCGCAGUAUAGGACGGACUGGUUGGGUGAAGAACCCCUGCUCUUAAGUUCACGGCUUUGUAACUAUAGGGAGACGCAACCCCACUCAGUGUGUCUGCGAGGAGCUGCAUGUCACUGACACCACGGCAUGUGUCCGGUUUCCGGAGGGCCAGGAGACACGCGACACACCCAGGCAGAGCAUGUGGCUCCGUGACAGCACGGCUCCGGAAGCAUGCUAAAUUAGCACAGCUUAGACUAGCAUUAGCAUCGCACCUGCUGGGUUGACCAGGGAAAGACGCAGAAUGUAUCCACGAUACAUUUUUCCAAGGAAAAAAGGACUUUAUAAGAGAGUGUUGUGAAAGACUUUCUGUGAAAAAGGACAUUAAUGGACAAGAGAAGACUGGUCUUCCUCGAGCUAUUUUUGAUGUUUGUUUCAAAUACUUAUAUGGUUACUCUUGAAAACAUGGAAUUCUUGUCAUAUUGGAGCCUUAUUAAGGGUAUGAUGGAGACAUGGAGACAUAUGACUUCAUACCAUGCAUUAGUUUUAGUUUGCUUUUUUUAAAUUUAAUUUUUAAAAAUUUUUAGGACAUGUUUGAGAGAGCAAAAUGGUUUGGUUGUGUAAUCUUGAAAAUUCAACUUGAUUCCAUUGUGUGCCCUAGUGUGCAUUUUGCUGGGCGCACAAUCUCUGGGUAUAAGAUCUGCAACACGUCUGGUCAUGUACAGUGUGUAUAUAUUCUUUUUAGCAUGUGUUGCUAUCUAUGUAAACUUGACGUUUUGACCAAACAUACCAUUCCACCAAGCUAGUUCCUCACCUCCUUGUCACAAGAUGUCGGUUAUCACAACCUCAGCAUCCUACAAGAGGCCAUGAGAUCAAAACAAAAUGUGCUAGAAAGAAAUAUUUAGGAGCACUGCUUAAAAAGCUUAAAGGCAUCUCCUGUAACAGUUGAGGAACUUUGUGCUAAAUUGACAAAGCUAGACAUUAAUGCAGAUUAAUACAGAAGUCUGUGACCAUGGUUAGUUAAUAACGUAUACGUCUAAAUCUACCAUGGUUGUUGGUGAGUGUCCGAUGGGUAGCUGUAAGUAGCCCCACUCCGUGUAGUUAAGAUGGCUGAAGCUGUGGGAUCUUCUGGUCCUCUGGUACCUUCAUCGAUCCCUGGCCGAAUGAGGCAUACUGAUACUUUCACGUGUGAUCGUUGGCCUUUUAGUGAGUUUACUGUUUAGUGUACCACAGACACAACGUAGGUGCAGGAGGAUCAGAGAGACUUCUCUUUGAAGAGCAGCUUCCACAGGUUAAAACCAGCAUGGCGGAAAAUAUGCCUCAUAGUGCUUUACAGGAGGUUUCAUGGGCCAAAACUUCCAGCAGCAACCUGUUAAGACGCGAUUAGAUUCCAUAAUCCAGACACACCGUAAAUAUGCUCAUUUGUACAGAAAAAGCAUGGACAUGGGUGUCCAGGCUCUUCACGGAUGUCCAGUGUCAUCAGACAUGUCGUGUUUCAGAGCAAGAGUGGCACUAAAGGAUCAGCUGUUCAUAAGUCUACACUCUUAAAAGAGCUCUAGAAAAAUGUUAAUGCUCUAAAAAAAUACAUUUAGGGAUUCUUCAACAACUUUUUUAGAGGUUCUGUUUAGAAAAGGAACCACUGUGCUACUUGGCAUGGUGUGUGUACUCUACGUACUCAUCUACUGUUGCCUAUAGUUUCCAGAGUUUAUUCAAUAUGACCGAUGUGAUGUGUUAUUAUUCUAUGAUUCUUCAGACUAUGAAAAACAUUGAAAUAUUUAAAAACCUUUCUAAGAAUGUACACCAGUGUGUUGUAAAACACAAACCUAAUCCUGUGUUAGUCAUUCACAAAGACCCUUCUGAGAUGACGAAUGACUGCAGACCCACUUUGAUUCCAGGAUAGAACAUAAGACAGGAGAUAAAUUCACACACUCACUCACCCAUUCAUUUAUUCACUCAGUCACUCACUGUCUAAGUUGUUUGUUUUCUCAUUUGUCUCCAGUCUACCGACCAGCUGGACUCGCUCUACAGGGAGAGAAAGAGACAGCUGGCUAUAUCUACACUUUCAUUGACCCUUAUUGAAAUUAUGACUCUGUUUCAAUGAGAUUAAUUUAUUUUUAUAUUUAUUUAUUAAAACUGAUUAAACCAAA